UCGCGCGAGUCGCACCGCCGCCGCCGCACCGGUCCGCUCACCGCACUCACGGCGCGCGUAAAAAGUUUUCAGUCACACUUCGAAACUUGCGAACGGUCACCGAUAUACCAAACACAUGCCGAAUACUCUCUAAUACUCGUAUCGUCAUGUUUGUGCUGCUGUUCCCUUAAUUUGACUGUGAUUUCUUUAGUUUUCCAUAAAUUUAAGAAAACUAAGUUGCGAAUAUCACUUUAACAAUAAAAAGUUUAUUAACACGACUCAACGAAAAGUUGAAGAUCAGAGGAAUCUGAUAAAACAAAGUGCGAACGUCUUUGGUAAAAGGAGAAUAAGUUGUUAUUUAAGUUGCAAAGAUUAUGCCCUGGGCCGAUGGGAUGUUCAAGCGGUGACGGCGUGUGGACACCUGGCGCGCUGGGCUCGGAGGCGAUCAACUUGAUGCUGCUGCAGGGCGAGGCGCGCGAGCGGCCGCGCCAAGGGCCCGCGAUGGACGAGGACUGCUCCGCGCGCCCCUGUGCCACUGACUUCUCCAUAGCCGCCAUCAUGGCCAGAGACAGGCAGGAGAGAAGGGAACGACGAAGACACAGGGAUCCUAGAGAGGAUACUUUAACCCCUUUAGAGAAAUUCGUGGAUGCGACGGCAUCAGCAUCAGGAUCCCCGUCACCGCCGCUCGCGGAGUUCGAGCGAGACUCCCCAGUAGACGUAUCUUCCACGUCAGAGGCGGGCUCGGCGAGCGGCGCGGCGAGUGGCUCCCGGGCCCUGUCUCCCCCGCCACGGAACCCUCAGCUGGUCGAGCGGUGGUCCAGCGAGGAGAUGAGGCAUAUACAGUGCCAUCUAGAGACCAAGGAGCUCUGGGACAAGUUUAAUGAGCUCGGCACUGAGAUGAUCAUUACCAAGACUGGAAGGCGCAUGUUUCCGACGGUGCGCGUGUCGUUCGCGGGGUGCAGGCCGGAGGCGCGGUACGCGGUGUUGUUGGACGUGGUGCCGGUGGACGGCAAGCGCUACCGGUACGCGUACCACCGCUCCUCGUGGCUGGUGGCCGGCAAGGCCGACCCGCCCGCGCCCGCGCGUCUCUACCCGCACCCGGACUCGCCCUUCUCCGGCGACCAGCUCAGGAAGCAGGUCGUCUCCUUCGAGAAGGUCAAGCUCACCAACAACGAAAUGGAUAAGAAUGGACAGCUGGUAUUGAAUUCGAUGCAUAAAUACCAACCGCGAAUCCACUUGGUACUGAGGCGGGAGGGCGCCAUCAACGCGCCUAUCACCGACCUGGACCAAGAGGAUUUCAAGACGUUCAUAUUUCCCGAGUGCGUGUUUACCGCGGUGACGGCCUAUCAGAACCAGCUCAUUACGAAACUAAAAAUAGACAGUAAUCCAUUUGCAAAGGGUUUCCGCGACUCUUCACGUCUCACUGAAUUUGAAAGAUUCUAUAUCACGGGAGAACACGACAGAACAUCAGUCUUCCCCGAUGAGGCGCGCUUCAGUGCCGCCAAUCAUAGGGAGACUAUGGAAUCGAUGCUGGCGGAGCAACACUAUCUGCGCUCGCCUCUACGACCGUUCGACUUGGAUCAACACAAUAAUAACUUGACACUGGAGGAAAAGGCUAUUCUGGCGGCGCGCUCGCAACUAUUUCUUCGCGCUGCGUACCCUUUGUACGGAGUGCCGGCGGCGGCGCUAUGGGGGCAGUGGGCGUGCCUGGCGCCGCAGCUCCUUGCGCAGCAGCACCUCGCGGCGUCAGGCUCGGGACUACAGCUGCCGCGGCCGGUAUACCCGGGCGCUCUUGGAGCAGCGCCGAGUCCGCUCGCACAGCAUCGCUUCUCGCCAUAUCCUCCUCGACGGGCCUCGCCAGGCUCAUCACCGGACUCACUGCGCGACUCGAGUCCGCAUCCGAUGCCACUGGCGCCGCACCCCUCGCACACCCCGCACCCGCCCCACAGCCCCACUUAGUGAUGAAGCUGCGAAUAAAAUCCACCCUGAUAUCUCCCUGUAAUAAAGUGCGUCACUGUACGAGAGUGUUUAUAUGGAAUGUUUGUAAAAGGCAAUCCAGAAUUGCGUCGGCGUUCCGUUUAUAGUAGACAAUUAUUUUACGCAUUAUAAAGUGAAACUAAAAUGGAGAAACUGAACGGCAGUGCGAAUGUAAAGAACUCACCCGGCCGCGGGACCAUGUCGAAUCGAGAAAUAUAUUGCGCGGGCAAUGUUUGUAUUAUAUUGUAAAGUGAUAUUUAAUAAUUUUAAUUUAUAUGUAUAAUUAUUAUUGUUAUAUGUUCCUAAUAGUUUCAUCUCGUAGCGAUGGUCUCAGCUAAAUUCGUGUUAUUAGAGGUACAUGCAUAGGUCUAGUGAAUUAGCAUAAUUGCAUUGGAAACGUUUCAUGAGUGUUUAUUAUUUUAUAUUCGAUCGACCGAAUUGUUAAGGGAUUAUUUGUGGUAGGUUUGGUCGAGCUGUUCUAGUACUAAAAGGUAAAUUAUAAUAUGAUGGCCUUACACAAUUGUUUCAAAUGAAUGUAUUAUGUUCAACAUGGCUGAAUACAAAUUUCUAUUAGAUAAAAUGUGCAAUACAAAUGGAAAACAAAUAAUGACUUAAAUUUUAUAAUAAGAUUAGAUGCAUUGAUAUUAAAAUGUAGAAAUAUAUUUGCUGUGUAAUUUUAUAAUAAUUUCAAAGUCCGAGACAGAUGGACGAAUAUGUAUGUAGAUGUAUCACAUAGUUACUUCGUAGUUAAAUUAUAGUUAUUAUAAAUAAUAUAUUGAUGAAGAAUAAGAAUUAAAUGUUUGUUAACGCA